GCUCUGGACUGCAGCACGUCAAAAUGCUGCGCUUACUUUCUAUAUUUAUCUUAUUAUUAGGCGUUCAUAGUUUGACUAACUCAAAAACAAACAAACCGAGGAUGGUGUUCACGGACAAAGAGACCGCAGUUAAAAGGCUUUCUCUACCGGCUCAUCAUGAACCCCUACAGACUCUGAUGGAUGAGCUGACGGAUGUUCUCAUCGCUGUUGGCCAAACACACCUUUAUUUCUACAACAUUUCCAACCAUAAACAGACUCUUGUGGAAGGAAAGAUUGAGUGGGGGAAUUGUGGUACAAAGGACUGCAGCUACAACAUCACCUUGGUCCACCAGAGAGCUGAGAGAUUAUUUGUGUGCGGAAGCAACGGCAAGAACACGAGAUGCUGUGAUCUGAAUUUAUCGGCACCAUCCACCUGUGUUCCCCCUCAGAAAUUAGGACACAUUGCAAACAGUUUAGAUAAGUUUAUGACAAAGGAAUGUGAACAUUCAGUUUUUGUAGAAUCUGGAGAAAGUGCAGAUCUCUAUGUUACAUGCCCUGGAGCUCAGGAGACAGCAGGUAUUCAUAAGAUUGGGAGUAAAACAGUGAGACCAGCGAACCAUGAUAAAGAACAACACUAUGUUGGUUUGGUGGUCAGCCAAGGGAGAAACGAACCAUUGCAAGACAAAGUUUAUGCUUUCUACAGGCAGAAAAACAAAGACACGGGAUUGUACAGUGAAAUGUGGCUCCCCUUUGUGAGCCAGGUUUGCAUGGCAGACGUUGGUGGUCCAAAGAACAAGCUGCAGUAUAGCUGGACGUCGCAGUUGAACGCCAGACUCUUCUGUGGAGACCAUGACAGUAAAUUGCAUUUCUCUGAGCUGGUAGAUGUGGCGACUGUGCAUUCAGACCAGUGGGAAGAUACACAAGUCUAUGCUCUCUUUAGAAAUGAAUGGGGCAUGAGUGCAGUGUGUAUCUACACAAUAGGAGACAUUGACAGCAUCUUCACCAAUUCUUCGUUCAAAGAAGACAAGAAAAUGCAGAGGGAUAGGAAGUGUGUUUCUGAUAGCACCAAGAUUUCUUCAGAGGUUCUAAUGAAAAUUGAGACAGCUUCAGAGAUGGAGCUCCCGGUGGAACCUGACUCAUUUUUCCAUCUGCACCACAACUACACUCACAUCAAGGUUGACGCUUCCAAAAACAAUAGGAACAGUCGCCAUACUGUUAUGUUCCUGUCAUUAAAUAAUGGAAGAAUUCACAAGGUGGUCCACAGUAAAGGGGAUUUCUUCAUCAUUGCUGAGUACCAACCAUUUAACCACAUAUCCCAUAUCCACAGCAUCAUCAUUCACCCCACCUCUAGAACGCUUUAUGUGAACUCAAGAAGUGAAGUGGUUCAACUUGAUGUGGCAAAUUGUGCCCAGUAUGGGAAGACCUGUGAAGAUUGUGAACUUUCCAGAGAUCCUGACUGUAGCUGGAAAGACCACAGCUGCACCUCAAAACCACGGGACCCUUAUCAGGACAUAUUCAACCGGACACGCAGCAACUGCUUGGUGACAGCAAAGCCUGUAAAAGACCCACAAAGUGAAAUGGUUGAUCCUCAGGUCAAGCAUUUCCUACGUUGCCCAAUGUCGUCCCAUCAUGCCCAGUAUACCUGGCAAGGCCCUAAAAGCUCCACAUCCUGCAGUUCCAGUGAGGAGCAGUGUCUUCUUCUGAUUGACAGCAUGGGCCCUGAUCAGGUUGGACUUUACAGAUGUGUGUCAGAGGAGGGGGAUUACAGCAAGGACGUGGUACAGUACCAGCUGCAGCUGAGGAGCACGGCGGUGGGCCGAACUGUAAGCCCCGCAGUCUGGGUUUGUUUGAUCGCCGUUCUGGGGAUGGUUUCUGGUGUUAGCGUUCAGUAAAAUGGCAUGAGUUUAAAAAAAAAAGAGGGAGACUGUGACAUAACAUUUUAUUUUCUUACAUUUAAAGGAUUUUUUGCACUUCCUGUUUUUCCUGUAUGCAUACUUGUAAAUCUAUCAGCACUAGUGCAAUAUAAAUCCCAGCAGAAGAAAUUUAAAGAAAUGUUAGAUACACACACCUGCUACUUCUUUAGUUUUUGGUUGGAUUAAUUUUUGCCUUCAAAAGUGCCUUAAUUUUUUGUGUCAUAUAUUCAGGAAAUGUUUACAGCACAGAAGUAGAUUUAAGUAAAAAGCAAGACUCCAGCUUCACUGUGCAGCACCAUACUGAAACGCAGUCUGAUCAUAGCUUUCCUGCUAUAAAGCCAAAUUCUGACUUGAUGUCAGAUUUUCAGUGUUGUUGUUUGUCGUAAGAAAAUGUCAAUUUAUGUUAAAAAAAAAAAAAGGAGCCCCUUGGUCUUCAUGGUGUCACUUGUUGUU